GUUUUAUUUGUACUGCGCGCCUGGAGAAAUAUGUGCAUGAAAAAAUAUGGUGGAAUCAAACAUUGCGUUACAACAAACACAUAUUGGUGUAUUGAGAUAAAUGCUCACAGUAUUGUAAACUAUAUCGUACUAUGUCGUGAUGAAAACUUACCAUAUUUGCCUGAAUUACUGCACAGCCAAACCUGUGAAAGCUUUUUUAGAACAACAAGGUCGUUUACAUCAACAGAGUCGACAGUAGUAAAUUUCACUAUGAAAGGAUUUGAAUCGAAGCUGAACAGAAUUCAAGCUAAGACAGAAAUUAUGCACGAUUCUACGAAUGGUUUUGAUUUUCCAAGAGUGCAAAGCAAUAAGACACCAAACGAUGCUCAAACGUUGCCUACGGAUGCUGAAAUAAGAAAAUGUAUUGAAGAAUCUAAAGCUCAAGCCACCGAUACAUUAUUGGCGUUUGGAAUAGAAAGAAGCGAUAUGAAUUUCAGCGAAAGUAUCAUUUUACGACCAAAUGCAUCGCACCGACGAUCGAACCGAGAAGUUGGCAAGUAUGAGUUCGUCGACGUUAACUCUUUAGAUCAGGACUUUGAAGAACACGACGAACAGAUCGAAUGCAGUGUAGAAAAUGCAGUUGGUAGCAUCGAAACCCGUAAUCCUCAUAACGAUUCAUCAGGAGAUGAAAUCUACGAUGCCGAAUUGAUAUUCUCGAACGUAUCCGACACUUUCGAUUUGGUUGAUUCCCGUUGUCCCAAUGAAAAGCAUUCAUUCAAAAUUAGGAAUAAAAAUGGAAAAAUAAUUCAUCUUAACAUUAGAACCUUUUUAUGGAUGUUGCAAGGCGAGCCUGAACGAUGCAGUGCAGAUAGAACCAAACGAUUUCAUGAAAAAGCAACUAAUACAAUUCUCCCUGUUUAUAAUGAAAAUGAAGUACGAAGUGUCAUACGAAGAGGCGAAUGGGUAGCUCUUCAGGAUGAAGAAAAUUUGAAGAUAGCUCAAGUACAUGGUUUUAAAUAUUUAUCCGGGAGAAGAUGCGGUUUCACCCUAGAUGAAUGUCCUGUUCAUCCUCCUAGUAGCAGCAGUUCCAAAGGUGUAGGCGUCACUGGAAAUUUCUACUCAGUAGAUGAGUAUUUAAUGUUACGAUUAGAUGAAUCCUUGAUUGGUGGUAAUAUCAACAUUGAAAAUUAUGUAUCACAUGUGAAAAAUCCUAUUCAUAAUGGUACGUGUUGGGUAUUUUCAUCUAAAGCGUUGCAUCACCUCCAAUCUGUUAAGGCCAAUUCAAACUCAUCCUGUACACCAGCGAAUGAUUCGGAGGCUAGCAAAUAAGAGUUAGUAAUGCAACUAACCGAAGUCAGCUGCAAACUACUGCCGGAAACCCUCUCAAUCACAGCUCAUAAAAAAUAACACUUUUUUUUCGUUUACUAUAUAGUAUGAAAUUGUAUCUGUAAUAUUUGCGAUUGUCAAUAAUGUUAAAUGUAUUCUAAAAAACACUAAUAUUCACUCUUGGUUUGGCAAUAAACAUUUUUAAAUGAUACUACA